AUGUUAUUCGCCUGUUUAAGUAUUAUUUUAGCUUGUGGUGUUGCGUUUGGAGACGACUAUGAACGAAAUCAUACUCCAGCUGAACGAAUGAAAAUUUUGGGACCUUUGGCUUCUGCUAACACUCGUUUAGCAUUCACCUGUCCAGCAUUAACUGCAUCGGCAAAAAAGCCAACUUCAGUUCAUGCUUUACGGCCAGCUGAUAUUCAACAUAUAGCAUCGAUGGGUGACAGUUUAACAGCAGCAAAUGGUGCCAAAGCAAAAACAGUGAGUGGUGUUCUAGUCGAAUAUCGAGGUGUUUCAUGGAGUAUUGGUGGAGACGACAAUCUUCAAACAGUCGUCACCUUAGCCAAUAUUUUGCGACAAUAUAAUCCUUAUUUAGACGGCUAUUCGCGAGGAUUUGGUAAUCGAAAUUCAUCAAAAGCUGGUUUUAAUGUUGCUAGAGCUGGUGCUGUUUCUCAGGAAAUGCCAACUCAAGCAAAUAUGCUCGCUGACCGAAUGAUUACUGCACUAGGUGCUGCAAAAUUCGCUUCAGACUGGAAAUUAGUUACAUUUUUUAUUGGUGGUAACGAUCUGUGUAGUUAUUGUAAAGCUACAGACCGAUUAAGUGCAGCUAAUUAUACAAACAAUAUCAAAACGGCAUUAAAUAUUUUGAAAGCUCGAAUGCCUCGUACUAUAGUUAAUUUAGUAACUGUUCUAAAUGUUGCUGAACUUGAAGAUUUACAUGAAGGUGUUCGGUGUCAAACAUUACAAAACUUCAUGUGUGAUUGUGCAGUUGAUCAGAAAACACGUGAAGUAGUACGCGUAGCAAAUCUUGAAUAUCAACAAGCAACAAAUGAUUUAAUUGAUUCGGGUAUCUUUGAUACAUCAAAUGAUUUUACUGUUGUUCGACAACCAUUUAUGGAACAUAUGGCAGUACCUCUUAAGAAUGAUGGUACAGCUGACUUCUCUUAUUUCUCACCCGAUUGUUUCCAUUUCAGUCAAAAAGGCCAUGAAGCCGCUGCUAUUGAACUUUGGAAUAAUAUGAUGCAAAAAGUUGGCGAAAAGACAACAAGCUGGAAUCUAUUGGGUACACUUGCUUGUCCACCUGCUGGAAAUGGAUAUAUCUACACGUCAAAGAACAGUGCUUGA